GGUCGGGAGGGUAGGAAAGGGCCAGCUGGAGAGGAGAUGCAGGCGCGCCCUGGGGGCGGGCAGGCAGGGCUAGGAUGAGCGCGGGGCUGUGCGUGGUAGGUGUUUGCUUCUAUCUGUGGCGAUAGAGGCCGUCAGUCCCGAGCAGGCGAGUGGCUGAGCGCCUACGGGUGGUGCUGCAGGAGGGCUUGCCGCUGUGUCAGGCAGUGAGAGAGACAGCCCCGGUCCUGGGGAGGGCAGGGAAGAGAGGAGAAGCAAGAUGGCAGCUUCCUUGCGGUUGAGCUGCGGCGGCAAGGGGGUGGCUAGGCUCCUGCUGAGGGGGCGGCCAGCUCUCGGCACCGGCGUGUCUUUCCCUGCUCAAGGAGGCUGGGGGCGCUUGCACGAGACCAGAGCGCUACGGGGUACACCUGGUAUUAAAGUUCUCAUGCCUGCACUUUCUCCUACAAUGGAACAAGGAAACAUUGUGAAAUGGUUAAAAAAGGAAGGUGAAACAGUGACUGCUGGAGAUGCACUGUGUGAAAUUGAAACAGACAAAGCGGUGGUUACCAUGGAAUCAAGUGAUGAUGGCAUAUUGGCUAAAAUACUGGUGGAAGAAGGAAGCAAAAAUGUACGCUUGGGCUCACUAAUCUGUCUGCUGGUAGAGGAAGGACAGGACUGGAAGCAAGUUGAAAUACCAGCUGAUGGUAGUGAUCCAUCUUCUCUUGCUCCACCAGCACCUGCGCUUACCUCAACACCUGCAGGUCCUUCAGUUUUAUCCCCUCCUAAACUGGACCGUGAACCUGGAAAAUUGCUGGUUCGCUUAAGUCCCGCAGCUCGCAACAUUGUGGAGACGCAUGGACUAGAUCCAAGCAAUAUUACACCUUCUGGGCCUCGAGGAAUCUUCACUAAAGAGGAUGCUCUCAAACUUCUGCAAGAGAAGCACAAGGGCAAACCCAGUGAAUUGAAACCUGUGGUUUCUCCAGCUCUUCCUCAGCCUACUGUGGUGCCUUCUGCUUCACAAGCAACAGCUGUGACUUCUGCUUAUCCAAGGCCGGCAGUUCCAUUAGUUUCCACACCAGGACAACCUGCUGCACCGGGCACGUUCACAGAAAUCCCAGCUAGCAACAUCCGAAGAGUUAUUGCUAAGAGAUUAACAGAGUCUAAAACUACUAUACCUCAUGCAUAUGCUGCUGCUGACUGUGAUAUUGAUGCUAUUUUGCGAUUAAGAAAAGAAUUGGCCAAAGAUGACAUUAAAGUAUCUGUAAAUGACUUUAUAAUAAAGGCAACUGCAGUUACUCUGAAGCAAAUGCCAGAUGUGAAUGUAACCUGGGAUGGAGAAGUCUGCAGGCAGCUGCAGUCCAUUGACAUUUCUAUUGCUGUGGCAACAGACCGAGGUCUCAUUACACCGAUCAUAAAAGAUGCUGCUGCCAAGGGAAUAAAGGAAAUUGCUGCCUCUGCAAAGGCUCUAGCAAAGAAAGCAAGAGAUGGAAAACUGUUACCAGAAGAAUACCAGGGAGGAUCUUUUAGUAUCUCCAAUCUGGGCAUGUUUGGUGUCAAUGACUUCACUGCAGUCAUAAACCCUCCGCAGGCCUGCAUCCUCGCUGUGGGCCGAGCAAGAGCAGAACUCAAGAUUGUGGAAGAUGAAGAAGGGAAUGAGAAACUUAAGCAGCAUCAACUCAUGACAGUGACUCUUUCAAGUGAUGGUCGGGUGGUAGAUGAUGGGCUGGCUUCAAAGUUUUUGGAGACCUUGAAAGCCAACAUAGAGAAUCCUAUGCGACUUGCCUUGUGUUAAACUCAGUGAAGAUUGCUGCUUGUUUUGACAACAUAGAUAACUGUUACGUACUUGACGUUUUUCCUGCAAUGUACUUGACGUUUUUCCUGCAAUGUAUUCCUUAUGAAAUAAAAUUUCUGUAAUAAAUCUUCCUACACGUAAUUCCUGAAAGAACUUGACUCUUGCAAAGUGAAUGCUCAGUGCUGUUUUCACCUAAUCCUUUUGUCCACAUGCUCAUCUCCAUCCAUACACAUUACAGUAGACACCCUUACUUCUACUGAUGAUCUGUCCCACUGGAUACAAUAGAACUUUAAAGUUGAGUAGGGAGCCAUAAAUAUGACAAAUAAUCCAAGAAACAAAGCCCGAUCAUGUCCUUUUAUGUGCUAUGUUGUACAGAAAGUUGCAUAUUGAUCACAUUAAAGUAUAUGCAAUUGCAGAGUGAGUAAAGGGGAAACUAAUUCAGAAUUGUCGGAACUAAGUGUCAUACUUGGAUGUGUCUUUCAUAUGCAAUAAUUUGUGCCAGAAGGUGAUGGAAAAUGAAGAAAAAGAUGACAUUGGGAUUGAUCUUGUAAUAGUUUUAUGGUGAUGACCUGUAGGUUUGAAAUUUAUUCUAUUUUUUUCAUUAUUUUUUACUUUCUUGGCUUUUAUUGUAUGACUUCUCAUUUUCCACUGAGUUUUUGUCCUGGAUUACAUCAGACCACAACAAAUACUUUUUCCUCCCUAAAGUCCACUGAAAAUGUUGCAUAUUAUUGUAAUUUUUUUGAAAGUGGUGGAAAUAACACACAUAGUAGCAAUGGAUGUGCAAUGACCAGUGCCAGAUGUUCAGAUGGGUCUGUCUCUUUCUGUCAGAAGUACUCAUUGCAAGCCCCUUUCAGUACCACUCAGUUUACCCUGGCAGUUUCAGAUACGGGUUAACUGGAGGAAGGUUACUCUACUUGUAUGUACUCUUCAGCUAUUUGUUAAAUUCAAGCUUAAGCUCAUUACUGUUUGUACUGCUGUAAGAUUAGUAAAUUAUUUAUUAGAUCACUGUACCAAUUACUUUAGUGAUGAGAGUAAGUUUUUCUGCCUUUUGUGUAGGUAAUAUUUCAACGUACCACUUUUAUGUUGUGGAAGGGCUGUUUUUCAGCCUCUUGUUCAUGGAUAAUCUGCCUUAACUGCUCUGAUUCAUACUAUUUUGUUCUUGAAAUUAGAGAAUUAUUUUUUUUUCCAAGGCUUUGAAAGAAAAUAUCACUUCACUUUAUACAAAGUACUGCGGCACAACUAAUAAAAUUUAACUAGCUGACUACCCGGUCUUAAUAUUUUUAUGAGUUUUCCAGAUCAGUAGAGAUUCUUACCUAGUGCAUCAUGGGUCAGAAACAAAUAGCUAUUAUUUCCUUUACCCUGAAGGUUGCUUAUAAGCAGUUAAGCGUUAUCAUUUAAGAAGUGUCCUAGCACCUGGAAUUUCCUGUUCCCCAAUAUCUAUUUGUAGACUGCUGUUUGUAUUUUCUUUUCUUUUUUUUUUUUUUGGUUUAAAGAGGUAUUGAAUUACAUGUGAAUAGUCACAUCGUGCUUUGGUAAGUAAGUAAGGUGGAAAAAUAUGGUUGUUCAGUGUAUGUUCUUGGUUUUUUGCUUACAAUGAUGAUGGUUUUUCAUUUUCCUUAAAGCUUCCAAGUGUUAGCUUGAAAUCAAAAGAAUAGUCCAAUUAAAUACAUAACGAAAGAAUAGUCCAAUGAAAGAUAGUCCAAUAAAAUGAGAAUAAUGUUUUGAUAACCCUUCCUAAGUAAUUUAAAUGUUCUGACCUUUUAGUUUUUGUGUACUAGGUUAAGUUUUAGAAACCUAUUUUAUGAAUGUUUCCUUUUUUAAUUCAGGCGAAUGGCAGAAUUGAGUAGAUUUCUCUGUUGGUUUUAAGAGGCAAGGCCAAACCCUUUAAGAGUGUGUCAUUUAAAUUGAAGUCCUGGCAGUCAUUUAAAAAUAUAUGAUAGCUAUAUACUGUUCUUGCAGAAGGAGGAGUAUAUCUAAGGUAUGACAUUGAUCUCAAGAUGCAAGGAAGAUGAGCAUUACUGCAGUAGCUUAAAGAAUGUAAAGAAGUAUCUUCAGUGUGUCUCCUGUCAGUUUUCUUUCUGACUGUAGUAAUGUAACAUGAAAAAUGAAACGUUCUACAGGAAAGUGCAUGAAGUGUGCUUUUGUCUUUUGCUGUAUUUUGUAAAUUAUGAAAAAUCUUAUCCAAAAUUUUUUUCCGAUAAAAUGUAUUAAUCAGCCUAAUUAUCUCUGCACAUAGAGCUGUUCACUGAAUCAUUCUUAAGCACUGACUCAUCAUUCAGCUCUGAUGUGCUCCUCACCGGUGGAUUUUCUUGGUAUAAGCUUUGAUGGUGCCACUGUUGUUGAUCAUUUCAGUCAAUGAAAGACUGUUUUGAAGGGAAUACUGAAAUACAGAAAGGCCAGCAGAGGGCAGACUGAGCAGCCCGGUUUUCUGAUGGUCUAGCUCUCUUUGGUUUUAAAGUGUUUCAGAAAGCACCUGACAUGAAUAAAGAAGGAAUAGUAAACACUAACUUGCCUUGAUUUGUUGGAAUUGGGAUCAGAUGGAAACCUUGGUCUGUGUAUGGCACUUCCUGCGGAACUGGAUCAUAGAAUCGUAGAAUAUCUCAAGUUGGAAGGGAUUCAUAAGGAUCAUCGAGUUCAACUCCCUAAAACUAAAUCAUAUAACUAAGAGCUUCAUCCAGAUGCUCCUUGAACUCUGUCAGGCUUGGUCCUUCCCUGGGGAACCUGUUGCAAUGUCUGACUACCCUCUCACUGAAGAAUCUUUUCCUAAUGUCCAGCCUGAACUUCCCCUUAUGCAGCUUCAUUCCAUUUCCUCAUGUCCUAUUGCUGGUCACUAGAGAGAGAAGAUCAGCAGCUCCCUUUCUGCUGCCCCCCUUGAGGAAGUUGUGGACUGCAGGACCUCAGCCUUCUCUUCUUUAACCUGAACAAACCAAGUGGCCACAGUUGCUCCUCAUAAGUCAUACCCUUGAGACCUUUCACCAUCUUGGUUGUUCUCCUCUGGACACACUCCAAUAGUUUGAUGUCCUUAUAUUGAGGCACCCAAAACUGCACACAGUACUCAGGGUUGAGCUUGCAGCAGUGCAGCGUAGAGUGGAACAAUCACCUGCCUUGACCAGCUAGCUGUGCUGAGCUGGAUGCACCCUAGGACACGGUUGGCCCUUUCAGCUGCCAGGGCACACUGCUGAGCCGUAUUCAAUGAUGUUUUAUUCCAUUUAUCCCUAAAAUGUUGAAGGUAUAGAGAGAAGAUUCCUCCAGGUCAGUGUAGCAAUUACAUCUGUUAUAGAUUAAAUAGAGAAAAAACUGAUCAGUUGAAAGGAGCUUUCAAUAUGUGCUUAGUUAAGCGUAAGUUUUAAACUUACAACUCUUGUAAUUUCUUUCUUUGUAAUCAUGCUUGAGUAAAGCAGGAGGAAGUUCAUGGUAGCCUGCUGGAGAUUUGUAGAAACAUGCUAACCAGUAAAUGUUCCAAGAAACACAGAAAUUUAGGAUUUGAGUGAAGACCCAUGUGUUGAUAAAACUGAGGUGCAAAUCAUUUACUGGAGCCUUGACUGGCUAUUUUGCAGGGUUACUUUACAAAAUCUGCCUAAUUUGUAUCUGUGAAAAGCCAUCGCUGUUUGCUUGAAUUCAGUUUGCACUCCUUCCCUUUGAUGUCACUUUGCUUUGUCUUGUAGGUAUCACAGUGGAUAAUUAUUCAGAUACAAUAACCAUAUUGUUCUUCCCUCUCUCCACAAUAAUUGUCUUACCUGGCAAGUUAAACAUUUGUGUCAUUAUGAGAAAUAACUGGCUGGAAAAUGAUAGACUUCUUGUUCAUUAGCUGUACUAAGGAAAGUGAUUCAUGCUAUGUCAAUGAAUCACAGAUUAGAGAUCAAGAGAAGAUUUUCUUUCAUACCUUAAAAGUUCUUCUCGCGUAGCCUAGACCUGGAUAGGAAGAAAGGGCAGCUAUGAACAUUUUUAUUUCUGCUCACUGUUGUAUGAAGUAUAUACUGAAUUGUUAGUGCAGCAGAUCUCUCUCCUGCAGUUUCAUGAUCUUUGCACUGUCUAUGUUGCGUUCGUUACCACUUGCUGUUCGCUUUGCUUUGCAGGGAUACGAGCAAUUGAACGUCGUAGGAUACGCUCUGUUAACCUAGUCAUCAACCAAUUCCUGUUUCAGCUGCCUAUCUUAAGAAAAUGUGUUGCAUUUGGCAACUCAGGUGUGCUUUUAAUUUCUUCCCUGCCAAAUAAAUUAUAAGAUCAAAUAUCCAUGGAGGCUGUUUGCUUGUGCAGAUGCUUGUACUUGCUGUGUCAUGUCCCAGUCUCCGUUAGCAGUGUGCACUGAGUUUUCUAGGUUUCAGCAGACAGCAUCACGCUGUUUCCUCUUCCUUGCGUGAAAAAUAGGAGCUAUAAGGAAUCCCUUGGUUGAUCAAGAAAGAAACUCUUCUUACACUCUUCAGAAGUGUGAAAGUUCUGUCUUAUAGUGUAAAUUUCAACCAAAUACUCUGAGUGCAAUACAUUGCUUACUCACUUGCUCAUUUUGGCAAGGAUUCUAGAGCACUUUUACUAUUCACUUCAUAGUACAAGCAAUACACAGAUUCAAAUGAAAUAACUGUCAUGCUUUUUUUUUUUCCCCACAUGAAUACUUAGAGAGACACGUUACGUACAGAAUUAUUUUGAAGUUAACUCAAAAAUGAAUUGGUUGUGUCUACAGAAAUUUAUCAGAUGUUAUAUCAUCUUGCGUUUCCCUGUUGACAUCUAUAGAAGAGUCACAGAAUUUUAAGGCAGAUUAGGAGUCCUUCAUCUGUCCAUUCCUAUUUUGAACCUAAUCUAGCUACCAUAGACUGCUAAGUAGGUGAUGUCUUACUCAAGCUAAUAACAAGGGCUAAAGAUUCUGAGUGACUCCCAGCCUGGAAGAGAAGGGACAAUUUGGGAUGUGCUAAAUUAUCCUAAACAGUGCGUUAUAUUUGUAUGCUGUCUGACAGGGUUCAACCACUCUGACAGCUGCAGAGGAAGGCCACAAACAGAGGGUCUAGGCCCUCUUACUGACAUGAACAAUACUAAUAAAGGAGAAGAAAUGUGAUUAUUGGCUCUUUUUCAAAAAAAAAUUUGUUAAUAGUUCCAUUCCAAUGCCUUUAGCUACAAUGCAGCUGGUUUCACUGACUCAAAGUCAAAGCAGAGGGUUGCAGUUUUACCACAACAGAACUGCUGCUGUGUUAAUACUUUUGUUUUCAAAGACGACAGCUUUUCGGUACUGUGUGUUGACAUAAUGAUUGUGUUAAUCAUUAGUCUGUGACACCCUUAGCUGUAUUCUUUGUUUUGGAAGGCAAUCCCUACUGGGCAGGGUAGAAAAGAUGAAAGUAAGUCAAAAGAAGUUAGUCUUUUUCACCUGUACUUGAACAUCCUACUUUGUGUAGUAUUAUAUCGAUUUUAUUGAUUAUCAAGGAAUGCCUGGGGGUUUUUUAAGCCAUAAAGCGUAAGCAGAUGAUCUCUGACCACGCAAUUGUCUCAAGCAAACUCUGAAGGAAACAAUACUUCAAAACUUUAAUGUUCCAUAACAAAUUUAAGAAAGGGAAUUUUACUUCUUGGACCUUCUUUUAAAGCAUCUGUGCAUACUUUGCAUGUGUGCCUGUGCACAUGUGUAUCUCUGUAUGUGCUGAGAUGGACUAGUAAAGAGGGCCAUCUGCUAUUUCAACCACACUUGUUAAAGCCUUUCAGAUCCAGGCUACGGGAUGAAGAAAGAGACAGGCUUCUGAAUUCCGCUGCUGAGGCUAACAUUUCUGCUUAAAUGUAUGUCAAUGUAUGGGCGUUGAGGUACAACACUGGGGGAGGCCUAAGAGAAACCUGCCCUGAUUACAUUUGAAGGAAGUAAUUGCAACAUUGCAUCUGUUGCUCAAACACAAGUGAUGUGACAGUUGAAAUGAUAGCGAGGAGCAAAUACUCUUGGCUAAGAGAGAUACCCUGAAGAAUCUGUGAAGCGAUCCCUUAUACGUACCUCAUGACAGCAUUUGGGGGGAAUGUGGUGGUGGAAAGAGUUAUCUUGUGUGGGAAUAAUGUGUCUAGUGCUUGUGGAGAGGUUUUAAACAUUUAUUUUUGUUAAAAAAUAAAAAGACAAUCAACUAACCAAGCAAAGCCCGCAACUGUUGCCAAAUAUGUUACUAAGUUUGUUGAGAAAUCUAUGAAUCCAGACAGGGAUAUUUUAGAGAUCACAUCGUAUUAAGACUGAUUUAGGUAAAAGCUAAGCCAUUUUUUUCUCUGUGCUUUUCUAAACCUGAGCCUUAUUUAAUUUUUAAGCUGUUUAAUGUGGUGAUUGUCUGCUUGUGGAUGUGUACUAUAGCCACCUCAGUAGUGUGUGUGUGUAUACCAUUUAUAUCAAAGUAACUAGCCAUGGAUGGUAACUACACAUUUAUUUUCAUUUCAGAAUUGACUAGAUAAGCAUCAAUGCCACUGGAAAUGCCAUGCUAAACAAACAAACAAAGAAAAAAAAACCAACUACUGAAGAGCGAUAUUAGUGGGCAGUGUUUGCUCCCCUGGGGUAAUAGUUUGCCUAACAAGUGACAGAAAACAA